AACCCCAUAGUUAGAGAUUAAGUUCCAUGUUACAGUUUUACAGAACAAAUCCUAUCUUAAUCCGUUUGACGAGAAAACCCAAACCCAAAGUAAAAGACCUAAGAUUGUAACAAAACACACCAAUUCAACAUAAUCUCCCAAAACUGUGAACAAUGUCAACACUGUCAUCCAAACACUCCCUUACCAAUCCCACACCCACCACCGUUUUCUUCCUUUUCUUCGCCCUCCAAAUUUCAACCAUUCUCGCCGGCAGCCCCCACGUCAUCAAUUUCCGCUCCCCGAACCUCUUCCCGGAAGGGCUAGCGUGGGAUCCCACAGGGCAACACUUCCUGGUCGGAUCCCUCCGCCACCGCACCAUCUCCGCGAUCUCCGACGCAGGGGUGGUAGAAACCCUAGUCUCCGACCCCUCCCUUCCGGAAAACGUCACCAUCUUGGGCCUCGCCGUGGACUCCCGCAACAACCGCGUCCUGGCGGCGCUCCACGCUGGGGCCCCUUUACCUCCGUUCAACGCGCUCGCCGCCUACGACCUCCGCUCCGGCCGCCGCCUCUUCCUUUCUGCCCUCCCCUCUGCAGAAGGCGACGAGAAACGCGCCAUCGCGAACGACGUCGCAGUGGACUUCAAAGGUAACGCGUAUGUGACGAACUCGGUGGGAAACUACAUCUGGAAGGUCAGCGAAAAGGGAGAAGCCUGGAUCUUUUCAAAUUCCGCAAGAUUCACCGAACACCCAGUGAUCAUCGACGAGAAGUUCAGCUCCUGCGGCCUAAACGGUUUGGUUUACAACGGCAAGGGUUAUCUCCUGGUGGUUCAGAGCAACACGGGGAAGAUGUUCAAGGUGGACGAGGAUGACGGCGUGGCGAGACUUGUGCUCCUUAACGAGGAUCUCGUGGGUGCGGACGGCGUGGCUUUGAGGAACGACGGCGUGGUUUUGGUGGUGUCGUUGAAGAGGGUGUGGUUGGUGAAGAGCAACGACGGGUGGAGCCAGGGUGUGGUGUUUGACAAAAUUGACCUUGAUGAUGAGGGUUUUCCCACUUCGAUUGUGGUGCGGGAGAGAGAGAGGGCUUACGUGCUGCACGGGCGCGUGAUGGAGGGCAUUCUGGGGAAUUGGAGUGAGAGUUUUAAGAUUGAGGAGGUGAGGUCUCCGAGGGAGGGUGAGUCGGAGAAUGUUUGGAUGUAUGUGAUGGUUGGAAUAGGUUUGGCUUAUUUCUUGUUUUGGAGGUUUCAGAUGAAGCAGCUCGUCAACAACAUGAACAAGAAGAUCAAUUGAACUAACUACUCUUUUCUACUUCCCUUUCACUGCACCAUUGUAAGCACGGAUGUAAUUUCAAGAAUAGAUUUCCAAGUUUGCUUAUUUAAAGACAAGGAUUCAUUGUUCAAGUGGGGAAUAAAUUUAGCACAUUAUAUUAUGGAGUCUGAUACUUCAAACCUCAUCAGAAGUUAUAGAUGUUUUAAAUAUAUAGCAUGCACAAUUUGCUUUUUCUGUCAAAUUUCUUGAUAUGUUUUUAGUUAACCUAAACUAUCCAGAAAUACAAGGAUUUUUAAGCUAGUGAUUUUGUAUCCUAGCUUAAUUCAUGUAGUGUUGGUGGACAUGUAAACACUUUGUUUUCUAUCUUAAUUUGCUUUUGGU